AUUCAGUAUUUAUUACAUGAAUGCAGCAGCUAUUGCCUGCAUUAAAUCAAAGAUUUCUCUCUUUUUCUAUGUAUCCCUGUGUAACAUCAAAAUUUCUGUGAUAGAAGUGUAUUUAGUUUUUGGAGGGAAUCCUGAUUUCAUGGAAGUUUAGAUUCCAAUUUCAGAUUUGCAGAUGCAAUUUAGGUUUAGGAAUUUGGGGAAAUAGAUUAGAUUAGUUAUGUUUCUUACUUAUGAAGGAUUUGGAGAAGGUUAAAACGACGUCGUUAAGACGUACGGCUCUUGUUUGAAUGUUUCGGGCUCCCGGGACUUGAAAUCCCAGCCCUCUCUGCUUGGUCAACUUCCUCAGAACCCAAAUACCAGCGGGCCUUGCGUGGUUCGUCGUUGUCGAAUUCAAAAGUAGGAACGAAGAAUUCCAAAUUCAGACGAGAGGAGACGCGUGGGCGAUCAAUCGAUUUCGGUUCCUCGAUUCAUCCGUCAACAGUUUGCUGUUUCUUGUGAUUCCAGGCGGACCUGUUCAGCUCUUUCCGCAAUUUCCAUCCAAUUUCCUUCCAAGCGGAAAAAUCCGAAAAUAAUGUUAAUGUCCUCUGUCAUCUCCAUAGCCGACGUGUUCUUGUUCGUUUCAAGGUCCCACCGUCUCGCCGCAAGGGUCCAUUCCCAUUCCAAAACAAGCUCAAUUCGUAUUGAAAAAUCUCCGUUCUGAAUCUGAUCUCCAAACCCUCGUAUUUGGCACGCAAUGGAAUGUCUGCGGAUAGCGCUCGUUGUGUUCGUGUUGGUUUGUCGGUCGGACGGAUCUUCUCUCGGAAAUUUUCGGCACCUCUCGGGAAUCGAUCGUCAUUCCGAUACGAUUAAUCAGGUGUCGUCUCCAUCUCCAAGCCCUUCGCCAUCGGAGAAUUCAGAUUCUGUGAAAACUGGAACUCCUGCAAAUCAACGAAAGGGAGCAGAGAAUUGUAAGAACGUGGCUAAUAAAUGUGAUUUUAAGGAUUAUCAAAUCACUGCCUGUGUAAUUGGGAAUGGAUCCCAACCACCACAUUUGCUAGUCUUCAAUGGCGGUUCAAGCUCACAUAAAGUAACUAUAAGUGUUCCUCCUGCGGUCGAUACCCUGAAGAAUAUAACUGUAGCCGGGAAAGAUGUCCAAAAGGUAAAUCUGUCGUCGAUCAUGGAGGUAAAUUCUUCUAUCGCAGUAAAGAUCGGAAAUCUAAGCUGUGUACUUCCGAUCGGAGCUUCGAUUCCUCAACAAUCUUACUACAGAUACGCUACGCCGACAUACGGCGCAUACUUGUUUUUCAUGGUCGCCGUUUGCUUGGGAGGGACAUGGGCUGGGUGCAAGAUAGUGAAACAGAAACGACACCUCGACGGAGGAGCUGCAUAUCAAGAACUCGAAUUGGGGGAACGGGAGACGGACUCGUCAUUCGUCAUCGAAGCACCCGAAGGCUGGGAUGAAACGUGGGACGAUGACGACGACGACUGGGAUGAGGAGAAGGCGGUGAGAUCCCCGGGAGCUAACAAAGAUUUGCAGAAUGGUGGCGCGUCUUUGAAGUAUAUCGACACUUCUCAAUGGGGGAAUGAUUGGGACGAUUAGAUUAGAUACGGUACAUGAAACUAGUCACCAUUGAUCAUCUUCAGAACUAACUGCGAACAUCGCCCGAGAUGGAUAGUCGAAAAAGGAUUGCAGAAGUUAGGAUUAUCGUCGAAACAGGUAAAAUUUUCCGCGGGGAGCCUGCUGAUUGAAGCAUUUUUUUGUUUACGAUGCGCCGCCGAGCGUCGGGGGGCGCUCCGAUGUAAGAACACAGUUUUGUAUUCUUCGAAUUCUCCUCUUACUC